AUGAGUAGCGUCGUCAAUAAAAGUGGGACGCGUUUUGCCCCAAAGAUCAAACAACGUCGGGCUGUCGUGACUGCUCCCGAGAAGGAGUCUGUUGUAACAAAGAUCAAUGAAUCUACUGAAAACCGGAAACUAGACGAUGGGGAAUCGUCAAAAACUGCGGAAACGACCCAGGGUUCGCAAAACAAUGCUGUCGUUACGGAAGAAAUAGAUCCAUUGAGUCAGAGCACGCAGAAGACUUUGCCAGACAAAGAAACAAGCGGUUCUGCGAAUUCUGCAUUAAUCGACCGUAGAAGAAGAUCCAGCAGGCUGGACUCUUUGAGUAGUGCCAGUGCGGUGUUCAAAAGUGGGUUUAUGGAACCGGCUUCCAAUUCCGGGCUGUCAAGAGAAUCAGCGAAAAACCGUCGAUUGUCAAACAUGGCUGGACCACAGAUCAAGGGCAAAAAGAAUCGAGUGAGCAGCAUUUCUGAAUCAGAUUCGUCGUUCCAAGCUAUCAAGAAAAGGCGUAUGUCUUCCAGGUCGUCCAUAUCCCGUAAGACAGGAUCAGCCCAGCGGAUCAGCAUUUUAUCACAGCCCAACGGAUCGCAAGAUCAUACUGGAACGGCUGGGAAUGAAGCUUUGAAAAGCGAGGGCACAGAAGAUCUGUUCCAACGCACUGAUAGACUUUAUGAGAAGUAUACAAUUGCAAACGCUACAGAAAUACCGAAAAACAUCGCAGAUGAUGAUUCGUCGCGAUAUUUGUUGGAUGAAGACAAUUUCACCAUUGCAGAUUUGUGCAAACCCAACCUCCCCAUUGGCGAAACUUCGGACAAUUUUCAGAGAGCUCAGGAAGCUUUGAAAGCGAAGCAGCAAAAUAGACUGAAAAGAAGAGCUAUGCGAUUAAAAGCGCGUGAGAAUUUUAAACCGCUUCACGAGCUUAAUAAGGAAGACGCUGAAAAACUGCUUGAAGAGCGGAAAAAAGCUGCUGAAGAUAUGAUGAACGCCGAUAUCCCUGAGCCGGAUAGAGGUCACAAUGCGAUCCAGCUUCGAAUAAGUCAAGACGGUACCUUUGCAGUAGAUGAGGAAUCAACUGUAGUAGAUCGUCACAAGAGAGCUACUCUGGAACAUGCUCACAAACUGCGUAUGGACGAAAAUCCUUUUGCAAAUUUGUUCAAUUCCGCUACAUAUGGACGUCAGCAGUACACCGAUCCUUGGACCAUUGAUGAGCUUUUACGAUUUUACAAAGCGCUUUCGAUGUGGGGAACGGAUUUCAACCUGAUUGCUCAGAUGUUUCCUUACCGGACCAGGCGUCAGAUCAAGGCCAAAUUCGUCAACGAAGAAAAAAAGAACCCUGUGGUGAUCGAGCUGGCACUGCGCGCAAAACUACCGCCAGAUUUUGACCAGUAUUGCACGGAGAUCCGAAAAGAGCUGGUAUCGUUAGAGGAUUUCAACCAAAAAUUCCAGGAUCUUCAGAAAGACCACGAGAAGCAUCUCCUGGAAAUUGAAGUAUCGAAACAAAGUGCGAAAGAAGAAGAUUUACAGACUCAAAAGGUCAAGGAGAUGGAGAACGUCAACAAGAAGACCUCAGGUGGUCUCAGACGGGACCAGCUGAACGCUUACAGAAAAACCGAAGUUGUACUGGGGACAAUUGAUCAGAUGAAAAAGCAAAGGGCACAGGAGCCUGAAGAAGAGAUGGACUAG